AUGAGCGUCGAGGGCGCCGUAGCCUACGACGUCCUCUCCCCCCUGGCCGCCGCCCGCGCCCUGGCGAAGGACGACCCCGGGGUGGCCCGCUUCUGCCCGCCGGCGCUGCUGCUGCACGGGACUGCGGACAAGAGCGUGCCGGCGGCGGGCAGCGUGCUCAUGCACGAGGCGCUCGCGAAGCUCGGGGUUCCCAGCAGCUACCGCCUGUUCGAGGGGAAGACCCACACCGACUUCUUGCUUGAGGACGCCUUCAGGGGCGGCAAGGACCAGCUCACGGAUUCCAUAUUGCAGCUCGUCACGGGGGCCCCCCAGGAGGGCCGCCACGCGUGCAUGUGCCCGCGGCUGCUCGUGUGGCUGGCCAGCCGCGUCUGCCCGUUCUGA